UAGAGAUCUGCAAGCACUUUUUUUUUUAAAACUGAGUUUCAAAUUCACCAUGAGCAUCUUGCUAGGGAGCAAUCAUCCUUAUGCCUAUCUAUCCCGUCCCGAAUCACAGUUUCUAUCCGCAGGAGCAAAAAUACCUUUCUGUGCUGCCUGAAAAGAGCAGGAAGGAAUCUGCCCCUGCGAGGAGAUGGGUGAUGGAGAGACACGGGCGUUAUUAGCUCCUCAGGCGUACCCCAGGAUGGCUCCACAAAAGGAUUUUUUCCCCUACAUUUGAUUAUUUCUCCCUCCGGCUUUGCCGGGAGAAGAGAUCUUAAGAAUGCCUUUGGUGUUGGGGCUUCUUUGCCUUAUACUCUUGGAUACAGCCCUUUGCAGCUAUUCAGAAGAUCAGUGCAGUUGGAGGGGGAGUGGCCUGUCCCAAGAAUCCGGCAGCGUGGAACAGAUCUCGUUGCACUGCGCUGAGGGAUCGCUGGAGUGGCUGUACCCCGCAGGGGCCUUGCGCCUGAGUCUCUUUCCUCGCCUUUCCACGGGCUCCAGCAGCAAAGAGAAGAACCCCCGACGUGUCACAGCCUGCAUCAAAUCCUCCAGCAGCUUCCGUGGGGCUCAGAUUUACGUGGAGAGGGAUGGAGUCUUGGAGCUCCUGCUCUCAGAGGCGGCGGCUGCUUUGCAGCCCAAGGUGCGCUGUUUUAGUUGGCUGCCCAAGGAAAAGGUUGCGCUGUUCCUCCAGUCCACUCUGCACCAGGACAUCAGCCGCCGGAUCGCCGCCUUUCGCUACGAAUUGAGGGGCGACUGGAACUCCCCUUUCUCUUGGCCAUCUAGCAACCUUAGCACAGAAGAUGCAGGGACUUGCCGGCCAUGUAACAAUACAGAGAUCUUGAUGGCUGUUUGUACUAGUGAUUUUGUCAUCCGUGGCAAUAUCCGUUCAGUCUCUAACAACGUGGAUUUGCAGGAAUCCAUAAUCAACGUGAGCGCCACUCGAAUCCACCGCCAGAAAUUCGCCUUGUUCCAACCGGUUGGCAAGUACGGGAAAUCAGCCGGCAGCAUUCGUACCCUGCUGCGGUGUGGGGUGAAACCGGGACCCGGCAGCUUCUUGUUCACAGGAUGGCUGCACUUUGGGGAGGCGUGGCUCAGCUGCGCCCCUCGCUACAAAGAUUUCCGCCAGAUAUAUGAGGAUGCACGCCAGGCUCACGAAAACCCCUGCGAAGUCUCAUUGGACUGACCUGGGGCAGAGCAGGGAAGACUGAAGCCUUGCCUCAAAUUUGGGGGAAAAGGAGCUGCUACCCGCUCUGGGAGUGCCCUAAAUGGCAUACGCCCAUUGGGAGUGACAAAAGCUCUCCUUGCCACAAAUGGCAUUCCUUUACUGUAUUAGACUAGUGGACCUGCCCCAAACUGGGCCGUUUUCACACUUCUUACCAGCCACGGAACAUCGCGCUGAGCUCCCAGAACGACAAUGUCUUCCUGGCGCGAUUUCGCACGAGAACUGCCAUUCUUGUGCGAAAUCGCGCCAGGAAGACACUGUCAUCCGGGAGUUCGGUGCGAUGUUCCGUGGCUGGUAAGCAGUGUGAAAAUGGCCCAGAUCUACUGAUUCCCCACCAUAAGGAGCAACUGCAGGCUAGUCAAGAGGCUGAGGAUUUGGAUGCUACCUGGUUAGACUGGGACAUGCAGAGAAUAAUAAUAAAGAAAUUACUCCAGCAUCACAGACAAGGACUAGUGAAGAGACACCUCAAGGUCUGUUCUUUCACCUGAUCGUUUGAAGAGCCAAGAAUGACCACCAAGCAAACCAGCCUCUCCCUCCCGUGGAAGAACUGCGUUCCAGAAUGACUUCUUAGUCGGUGACCAAACUUGUAAGCAGACUGGGAUUCUCUUGCUGAACAAAAAGGAUCAUGAUUCUCCCCCCCCCCCCGCCCCCAACGGACUCUUUUUUCCCCCAGAUCAAACAUGGUGGAUGGCAUCAGAUAAUUGGACAAAGGGAGCUUGAACCAGGGGGGUGGAGGUGGACUUCUGUACAUUUUGGGGGUAACAUUUGGAUCGACAUACAACACAGUAUGUUACAGAGAUGGCUCAAAGAGACUUUGGCUUGAAGACAGGUAAUCGGAGGUCCCACAGUCAGAUGUCCCGUCCACGUUUUAUGGAAUUCCAGCCUAACUGAGGGAUGCCUGAGGAGGCGAAGAGGUCCUGAUCCUCUCCCAGACGGCUGACACACCCUCUUCUGGCCUUCAUGAAAUUUGAUCCGGAGCCUGUAUGUCGGAAGGGACAGAACUAGGCAAGGGCUGAACCCUUUCCACCCCCCAUGCAAAUUCUGCUUGGCCCUCCCACCGUCACCACCAUCUCCUCUGCCCGGUGCUUUACCCUUCUUUGUUGAUUUGCCUGCUCAGGAGUGUCCAACCGAUGCAAAAAAAAAACAAAACUCAUCCUUGGAAUUGUGGGAAGAGGGGAAAGGUAUGAACAGAAUUUGGCACGGAGGGGUCUGUUGGCUGUAAACAGGAGUGCAAAAACUUGAGUUGCUACAGGCAUCUAAAGAAUUAGUCCUGGUGUCUGUGAGCCAAGUGGAGGGCAAGUGAACAGGGAGGAAUACAUGCGAGUCUGUUCACUUGCCAGGCAAGUGUCAUUCGUCGCUUGUAGCUUGGUACUGAGUUGUUGAAGAAUGCAGGAAAGCAGAUCUGAACUGUUGCUGCCCGUAGGAACCAGCCGCCAUCUCUUCUGACUUCCUUCAUCCUUGCUUCUGGCCAUUUCCUGGAGAAAGGGCUCCCAAGAUAGAUUCCUCACCUGCCACUUCUCCAUUAAAUACUGCCUGGUGAAGGGGAGAGAGACCAGAACCCAACAGCAAGGACAGGAUCCUCCUUCUCACGGGUGCCACUCAGGUUUCCAUGUCCCUGUCCUUCCAAGAUGGCUCCUAAAUUUUCCAACCACCCCCGAAAUUAUCCCCCUGGUUGUAACUGUGAACUGUCUGUCUACAUAUGCACAAUGCUGCAGGGAAGAAAUAAAAAUGCUGCUAAAUCCCA